AUGUACAAAGCUCAGCCUGGAGCACCUCAGGAAACCAAAGAGGCUUUGUCUAAAAGUGCUAGUGAAAAGCUGAAUGGAGAAAUGAAGAAAAAGCCACACAGGGCUACUGAAACUCCUCGCCUGCAACGCGCCCCGAAGCUGGCAGGAUGUGUUGAGGGGCGGACAGCGCAUCGUGUCCCUCACCCCCAAUCCUCAAUCUCAGGGGCUCUAAAGCCCGGCCACUCAGACCCCAGGCCUCCACGACCCGGUUCCAGAAGGCAGACUUCCCGCAUCACCAACCUCCUUCAGAGAAGCCAGCCAGAGUGUUACCCGCCAAGGCCCAGGCGCGACGACCGCAGAGGCGUGCGGGGACCCAGGGCCGGGCCCGCUGCUCUCCGCCUGCCUGCGCCGCUCGCUCCAGCAGACUGCUGCCUCUCCGGCGGCGCCUGCCGCAUCGGGUCCCCAAGCCCUGGGCUGGCGGAAACCGGAGGAAGGUGGCGCGGGCACGAUUCUUCCCCCCAGCCCUGGCGGGGGAGCUGGAGAGGGCGCAGCGCCGCCCGGAGUCGGAGGCGCCCGCCAGCCCGCGCGCUGCCCGCCGCGCCCGGGUCUGGAUCCCCAGCGACUGCGCCGAGCGCCUUGGGAGCCGCAGGAAACGCCUCCUGCUCCGCGGUGGUCGCCACCAAGUUCGAGAAGAAAGGUGCAGUACAGAUAGAAGCUGCGGGGCUCCCCGUUCCCGGAGGCGGCGAGGCUGGAGCGCAGCGGAGCCCCUACCUUUCCGGCGGGGCGGAUAACAGCCGCGCGCCCUCUUCGGGCGUCAUGUACAGGAAAAUCACCGCGAAGGGAGGGCGGGCGAAAGGCGGCGGGUGGCUUCAGGACAAGACUUUUUGAAGAAACGGGCUGAGGAGAGGGGCCUUCCACUGUUCUUAGAUGUCCUCAGGUGGGCUGCAGUGGCAACUGUUCUCCCAAACUGGUUCAAAUGCUGCCUCACCUGGUGGCUUGCUGUGUGACCUUAGGGCUGAAACACAAUGAUGGAAAUGUUACUGGAGAAGACAACCUCUAACUCAUUGACAGAAAUGAAACUGAGCCAAGUGAAUGUGAAUGUGUACCUUGAAGAAGAUUUCAUUGGAAAUUCAGUAGAAAGAAGAGCAGGCUACCUUCCUGAACAAAGGAAGAUGUAAGCUUUUUAUUGAUUUGCUUGGUGGUGGGCAAAAGUCUAGUAGUUUUCCACUGACCAGGGCACUGCUUCAGAAGAUGUUUCUUCUUGGAUGAUACUUGGACCAUGAGGAAAUCAUAAUCAACUUUUCCCAGGAACUUCUGAGUUGCUCUUGCAAUUGGUACCAUCAUCCUGUGCAAACAUCCUGGCCUUAUGGCUCUGUCUGGGCCUUAAGAUAGGGCUGAAAGACUUUAGAUGCUUGGGCUGCUUGCUGUAGCUACUGAAAAAGCAGCAAACAUGAGGUAGAAGAAAAAUAUACUAGCUCCAACAGUUGAUCCAGACAUGCAGAGCUGAGUGAAUCUGACCCAAAAGUUAAGGCAGCAAAAUGAAAUGAAAUGAAAUGAAGAGAGAGAUGCCAAACUUUUUCAUCCUGUUCUAGUCAUCAGACAUCUGAAAGCCCAAGUCCAGUGAGUGUUCCUGCCAGAAGUGGCCUUCAAGUCCCUGAAAAGGAAUGUAGAUAACCAUUAGCAUUAUACCCACACAUCAGAAAUGUUACCUAUAGCAGAGCUGGUGGGAAACUAAUAAUGUAUUGUUCAGCUAUGUGGCCUCCAAAAGUUGACUAAGAUCAAGUAAAGCUAAAGGGUGUGUUUACUUUUACCCCCUCAGUAACUUUCAUCUUGUGCAAGCAUGUGUUUCUGUGGUUUUAUCAGGGUCUCAUGACAGGUCUGUUUAAAGAGCACCAAGAUAGAGAAACAACAUGCCAUGCUACUAAUGUUAAUAAUUUAUUGUACCCAGGGGUUUAUUUCCUUGCCCCAGCCUUUUAUUCCGUCAUGGUGUUCCUUGACUGCCUCAGAAAGAAUACUGGACACGAUGUUUUUCACAAAAACCACCAGUUCAGGAAGUAAAAUGUAGACUUUUAAAGUAAUACAAAGAAUUAUUAGUGAACUAUGGGUUGUUGCUCACCAUGAGUCAGCUGCCCUGCACAUAUCAUGUCUGUUUCUCUGACCCACCCUGGAAGUCAGAGUAAUUUCCUUGUAGAAAUGAAGAAUUGGAGCUGUGAUUCAAUGCAAGCGCUGGAGACCAAAAUCAGUUUUUCUUCUGGAAUAUUACUACUUAACGUUCUAUGGCAGGGGCUUUGGAUCUAUGCAAAAUUUUUUUUAGAAAAAUUUUAAAUUGAAAAUAUUGUAUAAGCACAUGGUUACAACUAUGAAGAUAUUUGGUAUUCCUGUGGAAUUUGACAAAGGAUUAAGUGUGUGAUGGGUUUAUAUGUUGUUAGCCCUCUCUUUAAUAGUGUUUUUGGUAGUUGUUUUGGGGCAAAUGUUUUCACCCCAUAAAUAUAUUUUUACUUGGGCUUUUUGUACAUUUAUUCCAGUAAGGCAAGAAGGAUAAGCCAUGUAGAUGGGGAGAAUACUUGGGACAUGCAAAAAAAUUUCAAAGCUUCUGAGGCCACAAUAUUUAAGCUGUGUAAAUAUAGGCCUGGCCUUGUUUGCAAGGCUCAUUUUUUGAUUAUGGAUGAUACAAUCUUUUUGAAAUAAAAUACUAUUUCUUGAGAUGUGACCUUGCAUACCUAGAAAAAGGUAGAAGCCAAAUUCCCUUUACUACCUUGGCAGGUCUUUCAGCACUUACAGAAUACCAUCUACAGGAAGGCCCAGGAAUGUAGUAUUUCUUCCUCAGCUUCCUGGGGGUGACUGCCUUCCAGACUCUCAUGUUCUGUUUCAAGUACAGCCUUUCCAUGAAGAAUGGAUGGGCACAUCUUCAUUGCCGCCUUUCAAUUUGAAGCAGGAACUGGCUUGGCAGCAACAUACAAAACACACAGUGUGUCAAUGGAUUGUUGAAUACUUAGCAGCAUCUUUGCCCUUACACACUAUUUUAUUCCAGUGUGCUGAGAGAAAGGGAGUCAUCAGACCCAUACCCUCUUCUGUGGGGGAAAAGUUACAGGGUGUUUACAGGCAAUAGCACCUAUAUAUUAGCUUAUGAGCUCGUUUCAGUAAGAAUUAUUGGAAGUGAAAGCAGAGGAACAAGAAAAUAACAGUUGAGGCUUGGUGAGAUAUGAAGAUGGAAAAAAGAAGAUACAUCCAUUUAGGGUACUGCUUAUAUGGCCACAAGGAGAUGUAAGAUGGCCAGAGGUCAGUAUUAGUUCCUGAGUACUGGACAGGGGCAGAGGUUAAAGGCAAGGGCAUUAAAAAGGAAUACAAUUUGCUGUUCCAUUGCAUUGGAAUAAGCCAGUGUCAUUUUCUCCUUAACAUCCUUACCCUGAGCUCCCUCCCUGCCCUUUUCAAACUUAUCUACCCUUAAUUUUCUUUUCCUUAAAUAUUUUUGAAGUCACUACACAUACUAUAAUUUAUUUGUUUGUUUGUUUAUUUAUUUAUUUAUUUGCAAAAAGAUUCUGAAGCACUGGCCACAAGCAUUUUUUUUGGGGGGGGUAUGGGAAUUUGAACCCAGAGGUGUGUAACCACUAAGCCCCAUACCCAGACUAUUUUUAUUUUUAGACAGGAUCUUGCCAAAUUGCUUAUGGUCUUGCUAAAUUGCUGCGGCUGGCCUCAAACUUGUGAUCUUCCUGCCUCGUGGUGGCUGGAAUUUCAGGCAUGUGCCAUCAUGCCCUGCAUAAACAAUGCGAGGCUUUGAAAGGGAAAUAUUAAAUUAUGAAGUCAUUGGUCUGAUACUAAAUGUCCACAGACUUAAAAGAUGAAGAAAACAUUUCUCCUGUGUGGAAGCGGUAGCACUGUUAGUACAUAGAAGACUCAGAAAGAGUCUUCUUUUCCUCUGUGAACUUUAAUGGUCUGUUGUACAUCCUGAGGGUAAAUGUUCCCCCAAAUAACCCUCCGCAUUCGUAGUUUGAAUGCCCUGAAAUGGAAUAAUUUCCCUUGCCUAUAAAGAUAAUUUCUUCUCUUUAGGGCACACGAUGAAAGCAUCUGACACAUAAGGAAGGAACGGAUUGCUGACAAGGGCAUCUAUUUUUAUUAAUGGGAUUCUGAAUUCUGCAAAAUGUUCGUGUUUCAGGCACAGUGACUCAGCUCUUCUUUCUUCCAGUGAACAUGAUUGUGAAUGAACUUUGUCCUGCCCUCCCCAGAGCCAGGUGAUAUUUCUCAUCUCAUUACAUUCAAUUCAACCAAUAAAAUUUAUUUUAUUUGUUGAUAUCCUGCAUAGGCUAGAUAAUGCUUGUGUGUGUUUCAUCUUAACACAUAUUAUAGAAAAUUUUUUGUAAUCUCCAUAAUCAUAAUUUCCGGUAACAAUUCUAUAUUGAAAGCAUUCUAGAAAUAUAUUAUCCCAUUGGGCUUUGCAGUGCUUUUCUGUUUCUAUUGGAACAAAUUAUCACCAACGUACUGACCAAAACCAUGUGCAUUUAUGGUUCUAGAGGUCAGAAUUCUAGGCAAGUCUGAGUCAGCAGACUACAUUGCUUCUGGAGGCUCUAUCACAGAAUGUUUCCUUGCCUCUUCCAGCUUCUGGAGGCCACAUACACGCCUUGGUUCAUAGUCCUUUCCUCCCUCUUCAAAGUCUGCACAUAGCAUUUUCAAAUUUCCCUUUGAUUCUGACCUUCUGCCUUCCUCUUCCACAUUUAAAGGGCCCUUGUGAUUGUGUUGGGUUUGUUGAACAAUCUUCUUACCUUAAAAUAAGCUGAUAAGCAGUCUUAAUUGCAUCUGCAACCUCAGUAUCCCCUCAUCAUAUAACAACAUAUUCAGAAGUUCUAGGAAUUAAACAUGGACAUUUUUGAGAGUCAUUAUUCACCUGUGUUCCAGCUUUAUGCGUUGGGUGGUCCUACUGGAUUUCCAGCUUUGGUGCUCUGUCAUCAGAAACUUGAAGUCGCUUGGAGUCUGUAGAUACUCUAAGGAAAAUGCUGGCUUUGUUUCUUUCUUGCCUCUUAGUCCCCCCCCCCUUUUUUUUUUAAAAAUAUAGCUUUUAUGUAUACCUUAAUUUUCUUGCCAUGUGAGAAAAAUAUUAAAUAUGCAUAGUAUUUUUAAGAUAAAGCUUAAAUUGCUGUCAUUGACUGUAAUAUUUAAGAUAGCAAGUGUCCCAGUGUGCCAGAGACAAUAUAGUUGUUCUUAGAAAAUAAAAGUUUGUUCUGGUUCAAUAAUAAUUUACCUUUUUUCCCCCGAAGGUGUACUAUUACACAUACAAACUCAUGUCCAAAUAACUUAUCCUUUCCCCUCAUUCACUCUACUUCAUACCUGCAGAACCAGAAUAUAUAAACCCACUAACCCAGGCAUGUGAGGUCUGCAGCACUUAGCAAACUAAUGAGCAAUGGUGCCACUGGCAACCUCUCAGCAUUGUGCCUUUCUGUUGUCCCUUAGGUUCUUUUUCAUACUAGAUAUGACAAGUGACUGCUUCAUAAUCACAAGGGCAAGGAUAAUAAUGGAUAUUUACUUUUAUAUUUUAUUUUAAUUAAACCCAUAUAUAAAGAGAAUGUAUGUGUUCUAAUAUAUUCUAAUUGUAUCCCCUUGGAUCUGGAGAGUGUGCAUCAGUGCGUUAGAUACCUUCUCAUCACUUAGGCUACCCAUACAUUCUGGGAGAAACCACAACACUUUUAUUAAAUCAUUUUUGUGCAUAAUUUUGUAUGUAUGUAUGUGGGAUCUCUGGUACUCCUCUCUUUGGAAAGCAAAGGAGUUUUAUAUGUCUUGUUCAGUCCAUCUUACUUCCUUGCUUAAGUAGAAAGCAGGCCAACUUCUAAAUUCCUCUAGAUAGAUAGAGAUAUAGAUCAUACAUAUACAGAAAUGUAUCACUUUACUUUAAAAAUUUUGAUGAAGCUGAUUUUUGUUUUGUUUAACCUGAAGAUUUAGGAGAAAGAGGUAAAUUAUCAGAAAAGCUUAGAGAAUUUAUUCAUGUAACUAGUUAUGUCCAGUGGUCAGUACAAAAUAGGAACCAAUGCUUCUUUAUCUUCUGUCCUUGAGCAGUGAUUUCAAAUGUUUCUCUUUAUAACCCAAAGUACUACAAGAAUAUUUUCCAUCUUCUAUGAAAAAGUUUAUAUAUAAUGAUUAAACAUACAAUGUAGCUAUAUACAGUACAAAUAAUUUUAAGUGCUAAUGCAGCUGCACAAUAGAGCCCAAUAAAUGGUCAGGAAUUAUUCUGGAUACUUUUUUGAGGGAGUUUUUGAAUGAGAUUAUUUCAAUUGAGAGAAUCUGAGUAGUCCCCUGCAAUGUGAAUGGACCUCAUCCUAUCAAUUUAAAGACUAAAUAUAACAAAAGACUUACCUCUCCCAAGCAAAAGAGAAUCUGAGGCUGUCAGCCUUUGGACUUUAAUUAUGAUAUCAGCUCUUACUGGGUCUCUAGGCUGCUAACCCACCUUUCUCAUUUUGGACUUGCUAGGCUCCAUAACACAAGAGCCAAAUCCUUAAAAUAAAUCUAUGUGUGUCUGUAUGUGUAUGUGUGUGCACACAUGUGCACAUACACAUUCUACUGGUUCUGUUUAUCUGAAGAACAUGAAUACUAUAUGCACAUACAAUAUAUAUGUGUGUGCGUGCAUGUAUACAUAUACAUAAAUAUAUAUAUAUAUACAUUUGUCUAUAAACAUUCACAAAAAUUUAUAGGAAAUGGAAGUAGACAUUUUGCUUUAAAGAGAUUAUCAGCACUGUGUUGACAUUUAAAGAAAUUUCAUUCUUUAUACUAAUUCAGCAAUGCUUAUGGAACUCUGGUUGGGGAACAUUCAUUUAAGUUUUGAGUCUGGUCUGUUUGAAUUCUGGUUCCACCAUUUACUAGCUCUGUAACAUUGGUUAAGUGAUGCCACAUCUCUCAUACAACUUUUCUCAUUUACAAAAUGAGGACAUUUAUACUGACCCCAUAGGACUGUUGUGAAAAUGAAUGAGUCAAUUGUGCAAUGUUAGUGAGCAUAGCACAGGUAACUUUUUUUAUUCUACUUCAGUUAUUAUCCAGAUAGUGAUUUUUGUCUUUCUUCCAUGUUGAUUACUUUAUCUGAUUCUUGAGAAGAAAAGCAUCAUAAUUCCAUAAGGCAUGGAAACAAUGUCCAAAGACAUGUGGAAGAAUAAUUUCUAGAGAUAAUAAUCAUCAUCCUGAAUUGGUAUUGGAUGGCCAAAAAGAAACGAUUCAUGAGUUAUAUGAAAAUACCUUAAAAAUGCAAAUGUUUUUCAUCAACUGCUCUAAGGGAAAGAGACUAAGAAGUUUAAUAUGUUCUUAUUUUUUUCCCUAUGGAAUUUCAAUCCCAUGAAAGUGAAGGAGUUUCAAAAAAAGAUUUGCAUUUAAAAAAUAUUCUUGAUGUUCUGCUUUCCUGGUGAUCAGCUUCUUUGCUGAGUGGGAAUAGGAGAGAACUUGAGAAUUCGUACUUAUUUUGUAUUUUGUAUUUUUUAAAUAUUAUCUGAUAUUUGCAUAAGCAUGAGAAAAUUUGUAUAAAAUGCAAUGACACAAAGUGAGAGCAAAUUGUCAUGGAGUUAUGAGCAGAUUGGAAUGAGAGCUUAAUUAUAACAUAAAUUCUCAAAAGCUGUUAGUUUCUGAAAGUUUGGGCUAGACUUCAGGCAUUAUAGUAUUUUUUCUGGAGCACCCCCAAAAUGUCACCAAGUAUAUCUUUCAGUUUAUUUUUAUAUGGCAAAGUACAAAUUAGUAUUUUUAUAUAUUCAAUCUCAACCUAGACUUUCUUCUUGCUCCACAGAAUUCCUAGAACAUUCUAGAAAAGGGAACAUUAUCUGAUAGAAAAUUUCUGUCAUCCAUUUUUAUUUCAUUUUUUCUUAACAAUUGUAAUUAAAUAUCUGAAUCACAUAUUACACAAUUGUUUCCUUAAUAAAUUCUUUUGUGUUGUUCUCUUGUUGUUCCAUAUGACAAAACAGUAUAUUCCUGAUUUAGAUUGUUUUUUUUUUGAGAGUAGUGAUAAUGUUUAAUACUUAAAGGCAUUUGUUUAUUUGUUUGAAAAAUUUUAAAACAUCUACAUUUCUUUGGGUCUAUGGAUUAAUGUGGUAAUUGAUUAAAGAUAAGAUAGGGAACUAAUGUUUCUACUUGGUCACUUAGUGCCUUACACUUGAUAGUCAUCCUUUCUCAUCUAAGGAUCCUCUGAUGUCAGCACCAUUACAUUUAUUUCAGUGAAGAAGAGUGAGUAUUUAAAGGAAUUAACCAACUUGUGCAAUGUCGCUCUUCUAGGACACAAGGAAGCUAGAAUGAAACCCAGAUCUGUAGCUUUCCAAAGUCUUUCUCUUCUCUUGUCAUAAAUUUAUAGAUUUUUAUAAAUGUUAGAUAUCUAUAUGCUAUAAUUUUGAGUUUAUUAAACAAAUCUUUGUGUCUCGUAUGUUCAUUUGCUCAUCAUCUUUCACCUGUCUCAAACCCCAAAUUUGUAACCCUGGAUUACUGAGGUGUGAAGUAAGAAUAUUUGUCAACUAGAAUA